CUUCAUAUGCUCGAUUCCUCUCUCUCUCUCUCUCUCUCUGUUCUUUAUUCUGCUCAUCAUAUGAUUUCGUUUUGUCAAAUCUGAGCAUCGAAUUCAAACAAACACGGUUUCUCCUCAAUUCCCAUUCAAUCAUUCAUUCAUGUUUUCUUUUUGCUCUGCUAAGUGCCAUCACUCGUUUUUGAUUUCAUUUCCAACAACGCCAAUUUCAUAUUGCCUUGUCUUGUGAUCAUUCUCUAGUAUUUAGCAUACCUGCAGAAAGUUCUUAUGUCUCCCCCUUUGGUUUGAGCUCUCAGAUUACUCACUACUCACUACUCAGUAAUCAAAAUCUUUGUUGUUAGCUUUAGGUUUUUUCUGAUUUGGCUCUGUGACCUAUGAAUCGGUGUUUGUUUGUUUGUUUAAAUUGAAAUGCAAUGAGGAAGCGCCCCGACCAAAUGGAAAAAGGGGCAGCAGCAAAGAACCAGAAUUCCCGCAUUUGCUUUUUGGCAUCCCUUUCUGCCUUCUUCUGGUUUUUGCUCCUUUACUUCCAUUUUGUGGUCCUUGCAGGAGAUAAUAGCAAUAGAAAGAUUAGUUAUAAUAAUCAAGUUGAUCUUGAUCACUCAACCCUAUCAACAACACCUGUUUCUGUUAGUUAUGAACCUCCCCCAACCCAUCAAGUGCAAGCCCCUCCUAGAAAGAUUGGCUUCCCUGACACCGACACUGACACCCUACACGCCACCAAGAAGAGUUUCCCUUUCAUGAGAGCAAUGAGAGCUUCUGAGAACAAGAGUGAUCCCUGUGGGGGGAGGUACAUUUAUGUGCAUGACCUUCCCUCCAGGUUUAAUGAGGAUAUGUUGAAGGAGUGCCGGAGUUUGAGUCUUUGGACUAAUAUGUGUAAGUUCACAACCAAUGCCGGUCUUGGUCCACCCCUUGAGAAUGCUGAAGGGGUGUUCUCGAAUACUGGCUGGUAUGCUACCAAUCAGUUUGCUGUUGAUGUGAUAUUUGGCAACCGGAUGAAGCAGUAUGAGUGCUUGACAAAUGAUUCCUCCAUUGCUGCUGCGGUUUUCGUGCCCUUUUAUGCUGGAUUUGACAUAGCGCGUUACCUUUGGGGUUAUAAUAUUUCAACGAGGGAUGCAGCUUCACUUGCUCUGGUUGACUGGCUCAUGAAGAGGCCGGAGUGGAGCACAAUGAAUGGAAGAGACCAUUUUCUUGUUGCAGGAAGGAUAACCUGGGAUUUCAGGAGACUGUCUGAGGAAGAAUCAGAUUGGGGCAAUAAGCUUUUGUUUUUACCAGCGGCGAAGAAUAUGUCCAUGCUUGUGGUUGAAUCCAGCCCUUGGAAUGCAAAUGAUUUUGGAAUUCCAUAUCCUACAUACUUCCACCCUGCAAAGGAUGCUGAUGUGUUCAUGUGGCAAGAUCGAAUGAGGCAACUAGAGAGGAAGUGGCUUUUCUCCUUUGCCGGUGCUCCCCGUCCUGGCAACCCCAAAUCAAUCAGGGGUCAGUUAAUUGAUCAAUGCAGACGGUCAAAUGUUUGUAAACUGUUGGAAUGUGACUUUGGCGAAAGCAAAUGUCAUUAUCCCAGCAGCAUAAUGCAGAUGUUUCAAAGCUCGCUUUUCUGCUUGCAACCCCAGGGUGAUUCAUACACGCGAAGAUCUGCUUUUGAUUCAAUGCUGGCUGGUUGUAUACCUGUCUUCUUCCAUCCAGGCUCAGCAUAUACACAGUAUACUUGGCAUCUUCCCAAGAAUUUCACAAAGUAUUCUGUCUUCAUUCCCGAGGAUGAUAUUCGUAAGAGGAAUAUCAGUAUAGAGGAAAGGCUUAGUCAGAUACCCCCUGAGCAAGUGAAGAUCAUGAGAGAAGAGGUCAUUAGUCUCAUUCCAAGACUAGUGUAUGCUGAUCCUCGCUCCAAAUUAGAAACUCUUAAAGAUGCAUUUGAUGUUGCGGUGCAAGCAGUAAUUGACAAGGUUACAAAUUUGAGGAAGGAUAUUAUUGAAGGCCGUACAGAUGACAACUUCAUUGAGGAGAACAGUUGGAAAUAUGCUUUGCUGCCUGAGGGAGAGCACGAGGUAGGACCUCAUGAAUGGGAUCCUUUCUUCUCCAAACCAAAGGAUGGUAAUGGAGAUUCCAAUGAUUCAUCUGCUGAAGUUGCAAAAAACUCUUGGAAGAAUGAGCGAAGAAAUCAAUCAUGAAAGGAAGGGGGGAAAAAUCUACAGGGCGCUUAAGGCUUAAUCCUGACUUAACAAUGCUUUGCUUGAAUUGGAGAAGAAUUACAAAUUAUUGUUGGGUCUUGCAGUGCACUAACAUGUCUUGCUUAUAUUGAGCGAGCUUCCCUCAUGGAAACCCUCGACAUGGAGACAUAUUGUUUGCUAUACACAUUUUUGUGUUAUAGGUUUUUCUGAUUUCUGCUUCAUGUAUUUCUCCUCACUACUUAGUGGUUCCAAGAAUGAUUUGGGAGGUUUAAUAAUUCCUUUCAUGUAAUAGUUUUAUUCAUUUGAUUCAUAUAGGAAAUAUAAACAAAAUUAUUACAGUUAAUGGCACCAGAACAAGUUUAACCAUUGAAGUCAUGGAUAGAUCAGUUGAAGUUUCAUUUCUCCGAUACAUCAGCCUGCCAUACACGAAAAUGCGUUGAGAAAAUGUAUGAGCUGUUUUCAUUUUAGUAUAUUGGGUUAUUUCAUUUUGCUGAAUGCACCUGUGUGAAUGGCUUGUCUUGUUUAACUACCUGUAAUGGAAGCAACUAGAGAAAAUGUA